AUGGCGAACCCCUUCCUGAUGGACGACGAGCCGCUGGCGGGCAGUGAGCCGACGCCCAACCCGUUCCUGUUCGGGGACGAUGGCGGGGCGGCGGACGGUGCCGCCGGCGACGAGUCGGACAACCCGUUCCUGGCGCAGGCCGGGCGCGGCAGCAACCCGUUCGCAUUCGGCGGCGAGGACGACGAGGAGAUGCCGUCCGCAGCGGCUGUCACGAGCGCGAUGGAUCUGUUCGGCAGUGCGCCGGACCCGGUCGUGGUGACGUCCGGCGCGCAGCUGUUUCUCGCGAGCGACCACAUCAUGACGGCGGUCGCACCGAGCGGUGGGGCCGGCGAGCCGGCGGCUGGCGGCGCGAACGCCAACUUCUUCCACACCACGAUCAACGAGGAGGACGAUCUGAUCAUCCCGAAGCCGACGCAUCUGCACCUCGGCUCGAACACGACCGCCGCCCUGAUGGAUCCGGACGGGGCCGCCUCGAGCGAGGACGAGCUGACGCGGGGCGGACCGCCCCGCCCGCACAAACCGGUGCCGCCGCGGCCGAUACCGCCCUCGACCGCGACCCAGCAGCUGAUCAGCUCGAUCGCGGACCAGCUCGACCAGACCAGCACGAACCUGCUGCAGAAGAUACCGGUGACGCGCACGCCCAGCCCGGUCUCGAUGCGGGACCUGCACUCGCCCAGCCCGACGCCGGCCGACUACGGCGAGCUGGCGGCGGCCGCCGCCGACAACCCGUUCGCCGACCAUGACCAGCCGCCGGUGGCGGCGCUGAGUGGCAGCGUGACGCCGGUGCAGAAGCCGCCGCGUCCGAGACCGCCCCCGCCGCGGCCGGCGCCACCCCGCAGCUCGGUAGCGUCGUCGCCGGUCGCUGCCCCGCCCGGGCCGGCGCCGCCCCAGGAGCCCGACCUGUUCGACCUGUUCGGGACGGUGGCGGUGGCGGCCAAGCCGGCGGCACCGCCCAAACCGCCCGCGCCCAAAACGAAGGAAGACAUCCUGUCGCUGUUCUCGCAGCCGGCCCAGCCGACGACGGCGGCGACGGCCCCGCGACCCUCCAAGCCCGAUCUGCUCAGCGACGAUCUGGACGACUUUCUGGGCGGUCUGCCGGGCGCGGCAACGGGCGGCACCGGGCCGGAGCCCGCCUUCGUGCCGAAUCUGGCGGAAAAUCUCGCCACCGUCGUGCAGCCGAUCGCGACGGUACAGGCACCGGCAGUGGCGGCAGUGCCCCCGCCAAAGCCUCCGCCACCGGCAAUCGUGCAGCAGCAGCAGCAGCAGCAGCAGGUGGAGGAACCGCUGCCAGCGGAAGAGGAGGCACCGCCGGAGGAGCCGGAGUGCUUCGGGGUGGAGCCGUCGCCCGAGAUCGUGCUCGAGGUGGCGCCCGCCUCCGACCCGAGCGACCAGCUCCGCUCGGAGGUGUCGUCCGAGUACAGCCCGACCGGCUCGAACAUUACCUCCGGCAACAUUCCCAGCUCGGUGUCGGGCAGCAUCGUCAACCUGCCGACGCUCGACCGGGCCCCGGUCGAGAUGGAGCUGGACGGGGUGGCGGCGGGAGCGGACAGCGACUACGACCGGCAGCAGGUGGAGGAGCAGCACGCCGCCCUGUUCGCGGCGGAACCGCUCGCACCGGUGACUGCGCAGCACUACUACGGCGAGACGACGAACCCGGCCGACCAGCUGAUCAGCGGCGGCACGAACGGCACCGCGGCCACCGUCAACCCCUUCGCAAUGGUGGACGAGGAGGAGGAGGAGGAGCAGCAGCAGCAGGAGGUGCCGGGUGUGGUGCAUGUUGGGCCGGCGCCGGGCAGCGGGCUGGCGUACGCGAACGAGCUGUUCGGGGCGACGAACCUCACCAACAACAACAACAACACCAGCGUGGCCGAACCGGACGCGUUCGAUUCGUUCGCCGCCAAGUUCGAGGGCAAGCAGAGUGGCGGCGGUGCGGGUGAUUUCGGGGGGCUCGCGACCACGGGCGGAGGCGCUGGUGGCGGCGCACGGGCGGAGAACAUCUUUCUGGACGAUGGGCUCGGUGGGACCGGGGCGGCGCUCGAGGUGGAUGCGUUCGGUGGGGACGCCUGGGGUACGGGUGGCCCGGUCGGUGGUGGCGGUGGCGGCGGGUUUGAUGAGGCGAAGGGCGACGGGUUUGGCAACGAGGACGGGUUUGACGAUCCGUUCCUGAGCAUGCAGGCUCCACCGGCACCGGAGGGCACACCGUUUGGCAGAUCGCACUCGCGCGAUUCGGACGAAGGAGGCCGUGAGUUCAACGUGGUGAUUCGGCCGAAGGAGGGCGUCGAGACGCACUAUUCCGCGCUGGCCCUAGCGCCACCGCCCAAAAGCCCACAGACGGCGUCCAUAUACUCAGGCGAUUCGUCGCCGCGCGUCAAUCCGUUCGAGCGCAGCGACGAAGCAGAACCCAUCCCUGUGAGCCUGCCGGACAAGCCGCAGCUGGAGCGUACCGAUUCGCAGGAGACACCGCCGACGCCCCUGUUCGACGAGGACGUGUCGCAGCCGCUGGAGGACUUCCCGCGCGUCAUCUACCACGGCGACGGGUGGGAGAUGCAGCUCCGCCAGCCGAACAAGAAGAAGAUCACCGGGCAGCGGUUCUGGAAGAAGAUCUACAUCCGGCUGGUGUACCAGGGCGACAGCCCGGUGCUGCAGCUGCUGAACGCGGCCACCGACAAGGAGCCGUUCCAGGAGCUGCCGCUGCAGGCCUGCUACUCCGUGUCGGAGAUCGGCGCCCAGCAGUACGACAACUUUGGCAAAAUCUUCACGAUCAAGCUGCAGUACGUGUUCUACAAGGAGCGGCCGGGCGUGCGGCCCGGCCAGGUGACCAAGGCGGAGCGGCUGACCAACAAGCUGAGCCAGUUCGCGGCGUACGCGAUCCAGGGCGACUACCAGGGCGUGAAGGAGCUCGGCAGCGACCUGAAGAAGCUCGGGCUGCCGGUCGAGCAUGCGCCCCAGAUCUCGCAGCUGUUCAAGCUCGGCUCGAUGAACUACGAGGACAUGAAGCAGUUUUCCGUGUGCAUUGAGGAGGCCCUGUUCAAGAUGAACGUGCACCGGGACCGGGCGCUGACGUACAAGACUGAGGAGGUGCAGGUGACGGCGGUCGACGAGCUGUACGUCGAGCAGGACGCGGAGGGUCACGUGAUGAAGCAGAUCGCGCGCGUCCGGCUGUUCUUCCUCGCGUUCCUCACUGGCAUGCCGGACAUUGAGCUCGGCGUGAACGACCUGUGGCGCCAGGGCAAGGAGGUCGUCGGCCGCCACGACAUCAUACCGGUCGUGACGGAGGAGUGGAUCCGGCUGGAGGGUGUCGAGUUUCACAGCUGCGUCCAGCAGGACGAGUACGAGCGGAGCCGCACGAUCAAGUUCAAGCCGCCGGACGCGUGCUACAUCGAGCUGAUGCGGUUCCGCAUCCGGCCGCCGAAGAACCGCGAGCUGCCGCUCCAGCUGAAGGCGACCUGGUGCGUGACCGGCAACAAGGUGGAGCUGCGGGCGGACGUCCUGGUGCCGGGCUUUGCGUCCCGCAAGCUGGGCCAGAUCCCGUGCGAGGACGUCUCGAUCCGGUUCCCGAUACCGGAGUGCUGGAUCUAUCUGUUCCGCGUCGAGAAGCACUUCCGCUAUGGUUCGGUCAAGUCCGCUCACAGACGCACGGGCAAGAUCAAGGGCAUUGAGCGGAUUCUCGGCACGGUCGACACGCUGCAGGAGUCGCUGAUCGAGGUCACGUCCGGGCAGGCGAAGUACGAGCAUCACCAUCGGGCGAUCGUGUGGCGGUGCCCCCGGCUGCCGAAGGAGGGCCAGGGCGCGUACACGACGCACCAGCUCGUCUGCCGGAUGGCGCUGACCAGCUUCGACCAGAUCCCGGAGCAGCUCGCACCGUACGCGUACGUCGAGUUUACGAUGCCCGCGACCCAGGCCUCGCACACCACGGUCCGGUCGGUCAGUGUGCAGGACUCGGAGAGUGACGAGCCGCCGGAGAAGUACGUGCGCUAUCUCGCCCGCCAUGAGUACCGUGUCGGCAUCGAGCAUACUACUGGCGAGUCGUUGAACCCGUACCUAGCGGCGACCACCGUGACGAAGCAACCGAUCCAGGAGGAGCAACCGAUGGCGACCACACCGAUCGCACCGAGCGAUUCUGAUUCCGAUUCCAACUAAAGGGAGGGAAUACGUUUGAUCCUACGCAACCUUCUAACGUGAAAGCAGAAGAGGUAAAGCAGACGGUUAGCGUGGUUAGGGUCGUUACAAUAUUACUGAAAUACUCAUCACAGGUUCCCCGCAAGCAAGGACACUAACCUUACUCCCCGUACGUAUUGAUAAACAAGAUAAACACGCAGACAAACAAAAACCCAACAAAUCGCAUACGAUGCGCACGUAUUACAUUACACUAUAGAAACAAUAUAGCUGUUAUUGAAUUAUAUUAGUUGGACAAUAAACGACACAGACACGAGCCACUGGUAGGUUAUAGAGAGAGAGAGAGAGCUAGAGAGAGCUAGAGAGCAAACGAGGCUAGUGUAUACACUCGCACAGCUGUCACAGGCACUGGGCACCCAAGCGCUGAGUCACAGGUGCCUGUGACGCGUCGAGUUAGUGCAGUUAGUAGCAGCAAUAUACAUUUAGCAUUUACAAACAACAGCCCCCAAAUCGAAAACAGCACGAAGGUGACACAAACACACAGCAAAAUAGGGCGCGGGUGUGUGUGUGCUGGUGGGUAUGCGCGUGCGGGUUGUGUGUGUGAUGUGUGUGUUGCAGAGUAAGAUAUUAAUUAGGACCCGCCCUACGACGGGGAACGUAAACCAUCACUACAGACGCGCGCGCGCUCCCCUGUACACACCAGCACCAGUACACAUGCUGCGUGGGAAAAGAUCGUACUCUAGUGUGUCUCUAUCUGUGCUGUGUUUGUGUGUUACGGCGAGCGUUACUUUUACCGUUACUUAGAGUGCUCAGCCCACGACCCUCACCUGGUACCGCUUACGUGUUUGCGACUGUCGUCGCUUGAACUAAUCCGCCAUCUGCAUCUGCUGUGUUUGCUUCCCUACCAUUCCAUCUGUCCCCUUGCCCGCGGUGAGCGUCUCACUGUACAUAUGACAUACUGUACUGUCACUAUAUAUCGGACAGGUUGUUCCGCAGUUCCGCAAAGCCACAGUACGCGGCUUCUCUACAUGUGAUGAUGGGGAUGGUGAGGAUGGGGAUUCACACUUUACAGUUUCGGGCGGGACAGUUUGAGGCGUGUACGGGCUAGUUUAGUAUAUUACAUAACUCGCUUCCUAUUAUAGCAUUAUUGGCAGCUAUCCGACCCAAUCGACCAAUCGGCCCAGAGUAGCCUGGGAAUUCGUGUGCUUAGACAAAACCAAAAAAAAAAAAAACAAAGGAUUAUAAGACAAAAAACAACAACAAUGCACCAGACGGUAUCUGUUUGUUACGUUUUUGUGUUGUGACACACGCACUCAGCACACCAGCACAGCAGCAACCACUUCUUUUCCCCUUGCGCACUGUGCAGGUGUGUGGGAGGUUAGUUUAUUUCAAAAGACAGGCUUGUGCUGGUGGACGUAACGCCGGUGCGCGUUACGCGUUGCGUUACACAGCCAUUGGCUUUUUAUCUGCAAUCUGGUUUCAAUCAGUUAGUCGAGGUGUAAGUGCGCGCGCGCGCGUGUGUGAGUGCGCUUUCUAGGUUCGUAUGGUAACAUAUCAUUAGACAUUCCAAGCAAACACGAAAAUUCCUGGCAAUCUCCGUUGUACGUUCCAUCUUUGUUUUGCCAGCGAUGGGGAUUGCAAUACACCCGUUACCCCGUUACCUUCCUUGUCUGUGUGCGUGUUGUCUCUUGCGUUACGCCUCAGUAUACACUAAGUUUAAUGCCAUUCCCUGGCUCGCAAGCGGCACACAGUGACGUACCGCAGGAGGGCAACCGCAUGGAGGCUGACGAGGCGUCGUUGUUUGUUGAACGCGGUGGAUGAUGUUAUAGUUUUUGCGUUAGGAUUCCUGUAACCCCCACUACCCCCCCCCCCCCCCUCUCUCCUUCCCACACAGAUGGGCACGUUAUUGUUGGUGCAAACAAGAUAUUAGCGAGUGCGCGAAGUAUGUGGCGCCCGCAUGGGUAGAUGAUGAGUGAUUAUACGCAUGAAAAUAUAAAUAUAUAUAUACACACACAUGGUUCAUAACAUUAAAUGACCUAGAUUGAACAAAACCCGUAGCGAAUAUAAAGCAAAAACACAUGACUACUUAUAUAUAUACAUAGUGAAAGAAUGGCAAACGUACGUGUGUAAUAUGGUUGAUUAAAUAUAGAACUGCUAUUGCUAAAAGAUUAAAAAAAAACCGAAUAGAAAAGACAGCAACAAACGAAACAUCCCGAAACAUAAGGAUAGUGGAUAGGUGCAAGGACAGACAUCAAAAGAAGGAAGACAAACGAGCGAGUAAAAAUUGGGGAAAAUGGGGCGAACAGAGCUGAUAAUAUCGCGCAAUAAAUACAACUCGACAGUUGCAGAUGCAAAAAGAAAUGAAGGUACAGACAGACGAAUCGAGAUGCGGAAACAAUAUACAUAUAUACAUAGAUAUAUUAUAUAUAAAUGAGAAAGGAAACCAAAACUAGAUAUAUAUAUGACGAUAUACAUAGAGCGAGAUGUACUAGCGAGUCAUACGCGCAAGUGGUCACCAGUUCAAGCGCCAACACUACAGUUUCCAACACUAUUUUGCUCGAUCUGUGUCGGCGAUCUGGCGGCGCUUUAAGAUCUGUUCAAGGAUGAAAGCUAGAGAGAGAGAGAGAGAGAAAGUAGCUCUACAACUACUACACACGCAAUGACAGUUCAGUAUUCUUUGCGCCCAGCGUUCCUGUGUGUCCUCUCAGCCCUCCCGCUGUAGUGUGUUUGUAUCGGGACAUGGUAGCAGAACAAAAAAAGAAAACACGCUAUUAAACCACGACUACACAACCAAAACAUGAGAUGACAGAUGAGCAGCAGCAAAAGGAUACAGGCGAAAUCAUAACGUACGAAAUUUGCGGACAUAUUCAUAUAUACAUACAUAUAGCUAUCCCUUACCUGGUCAGGGGGAGGGCUACUAAUAUUACAUUAAAGAAAAAAAAACAACUGGACAGAAAACAAAGAGUGUUACAAACAAGCAACCUAAACCAUGUAGUGUGUCAUUGUGACCCCCCCCUCCCGCCCCUCCCCUCCAAACCCCCAUUUCUCCCCUGCUCCCUUCACCAGGAACAUUGUUGUGAAAAACAUUGGUCCGGUGUGCGGUGUGGGAAAAGGGGGAAAGAGCGAAAGAAAAUCAAUAACUUAAAUAAACUCAAAGUGUUAUAUACCAGA